AUCUCUAGGACUGGGGGAAACCAAAACUUCCCCAGGUGUUUCCAAAGUAGUAUAGUAUUUCUGAAUGAUUACCUUAUAGCCAGGACAGUGGUAGGUUUGUACCUACUCUAAUCACCAACAUAUAUUCCUUGUCAGCAUUUGUUAAUUUUGGGGGAAAAUACUUUAAGAUUGUACUACAUUACAAUCAGAGACUGGAACAUGGACUGGCUAGUGACCACGAAGUGAGGAGGGGAGCUGGGAAUAUUCUUGCGAAGGUGGACGGAACUGAGGGAUUGUUGUUGCGUAGCAAUCAUUGGCAUCAUGGCAACUUGGCAAGAUGGAAUGGAAGUGCCAAUCGAUCUCCAUUUCUUUAUCUUCUGACCGAUCCUGAAUAAAACAGACGAUAAGAUCUGGAUUCAGACAUUCAGUCCAUGUAUUACAUUACAUGCUGCUGGAACGUACAUACUGACGCCGGGACCGAGUGACGCACACGCCGGUCAUAUGAAACUCUGUUGUCAGAAGUAAAACUAAAACGGCCGUUGCUGCUGAUGUUUAUACUCUGCAAUGCAAGGAUUAGAAAGCUGGAGCAGAUGACUUACGUUGGCCACAGGGAAGAAUAGAAAACACGAGCCCUCACAUGCGAGCUCGUGCAGUCGCGAGGUAAAAGAUUGCGAGCGUUACUGAACCAGAAAGAAUAUCCGACACCCUGUCUGCCCAGAUGACGAAGGCCAUGUGCAGUUUACGCGGUGCAAAUCUGCGCCAUCUGGGGGUGCGAGUGUCCACCCGAGCUCGUCAGUUUCAGCAUCAUCACUGCUAGAAGAAAGGUGUGGCUGGCAUGCCUCAGCUCGGAUCGUCGUCGCGUCUUCAUCCUCGCAUCAUGGUGGAUUCAAGGGUAUAAAUCGGUGACCUUUAGAUGUAUCUCCAACCUUUCGAUAUUUGAACAAAAAAGAGUUGGAAAUUGAUAUUUGAAUAAAAGAUGGUUGGAGAUGCACCUAGUGGAUUUGAUCCGCUAUAGGUUGCUAACGACCGUUGAGUCUUCAGACUUCAGUUGGAUGGAACACGGCCAAUGGCAGCGUUCGCUGGUCGUCAGGUUCACGAUGAGCCCAAAUGCCGCAGGCCGGCAGCAGAAUAGAACACGGGCUGGGUUGGGCAGUUGGGCUGCUCUCUGCAAAAGCAUAAUAGUUUUUUUUCCUUGCUUGUAGGCCUUUUGGGGAAAUAUUACGUGACGAAGGCUAACGUAACAGGGGCGUCAGGGCGAAUUUUCCUGGAUGGAAAUGGAAAGCUCCAUCUCCCUGCUCGCGCAUCCCCAACCGUACCACCUCGGAGCUGCAAUGAGCGGCGGCGGCGGAGGAGGCGGAUUGGGCGCCGGCUUCUCGUACCAGAAGUUCAUCCACGUCGCGCUGGAGCGGACCCGCCUCCACACCGCCCUCGCUCCACACCCAUCCCAGGAAAAGUUUAAGUUCAUAAAACCCAAAGAGGAUAACACUGAUAUGUAUGCUCUCUCAUUCAGCGCCCCCAAGAUUAGACUGCUUCGGAGCCUGACAAUUGAGCAGAAAAACUCGAUUCAGGUUCUUGACUUUGCUGCCUUCUCAGAACCUGAAUACGACCUCCCUAUAUUUUGUGCCAAUGCUUUUACAUCUCCUGCACGUAGUAUUGUUGUCUUGGAUCUCAAUCCUUUGUACGACACCACUGAACACGAGGAUUACAGGGAAAAAUACUACAGGAAUUUGAUGCCUCUUAUACACAAGUACAGUGAGCUUCUGCCCUGGGGUGGCAAAAUUACAAGCGAGUCUCUGAGGUUCUUCUCUCCUAUUGUUAUCUGGACAAUACUUGAGCCAACUGAGGCCAACCACAAAGUUCUAUACUCAGCCUUCAUGGAUUACUACAAGGUCUGGCUCGAGUUAAUGGAUGAAGCAGUUCAAGAAACAAGUGUAGAAAAAGUUGAUCAAAAUAGGGAAGCACAACAUAAAUAUCUCACAUGGAGAGCCGAGAAGGAUCCUGGUUAUGCACUGUUAAAAAAGUUGAUUGGUGAAUGUGCUGCCAAGGAUUUGGUGAGAGAAUUCCUGUUUGAAGGAGUCGAUUCGCUCGGGACGAAGUCAUUCUUGGAGUAUUUCCCUGAAUAUGCACAGGAAGAUGGGACGGUAAACAAGAAGCGGAGUAUGAUCGGGAAGUCAUUUGAAUCUCGGGCUUGGGAUGCUCAUGGGAAGUUCAUCGGCGAUGCUGGUGAUGGAUAGCAGCUAGCUGUUCUGCUUCAUCUAGAUACAGCCGCGCUUGUUUCUCCUUGUUGUUCUUGAUAGCUGUUUUGCUUCUGCAAAGCUGGACAUUUCUUUCUCGAAGCUUUCUCGUCGCAUGGCAGACUAGUUCUUGUGUGUUGCACAGACCUGCAAUACCUGUCGUUCCCAAAAAAAAAAAAGACCUGCAAUUCCUGUCGUA